UUUAACAGGGUUUUUUUAAUCCCAGAUCCAAAACAAAUGCACAAAAUGAGUAUAACAAGAACUUCAGUAUAUGAUAAAGAAGCUUUAGAGGCAAUGGAUGGUUUUUUGUACGUUGUGGCACCUGAUGGUCAAUGUUUGUAUAUCUCUGAUAAUGUUAGCUACUUCAUGGGACUUUCACAGAUUGAAGUUACUGGAAAUAGCCUUUACAAAUAUGUUCACCCUUGCGAUCAUGAGGAGCUGGCUAAUCAGCUUGGAGGACAAAUUCCUCUUGAAGAUAUGGAGAUAUUUGAUGGCCUGUUCUGUUCUGACUCUGUCUUCAUGAUGAGCAAUUAUCUGAAAAAGGGUUCCAAGAAAAAAGAUGAUGUCAAUCCACACAGGUCAUUUUUCCUUCGUAUAAAGAGYACACUUACAAGCAGAGGGAAGAAUGUGAACCUMAGAGCCUCAACUUACAGGGUUGUUCACUGUACUGGCAGCAUGAAAUACACCACACGUUAUGAUGAUGACGGCAGAGAGGAAAAAGUGCCUUUAUUUCUGGUUGCUAUUGCGGUACCGUUGAUGUUCGCAACUACCUUUGAAGUUCCUCUUGAUAGAAGUACUUUUACCAGUAGACAUAUGUUGGAUAUGAAGUUCUUGCAGUGUGAUGAAAAGGCGACCAGUCUCCUGGGUUACUCACAGAAAGAGUUGGUCGGGAAGUCAUGGUACAACUUUCAUCACGCUGCGGAUUUGGACAACGUUCUGAAUACUCACAAGCUAUUGUUGACCAAAGGACAGUCUGUCAGCAAGUACUAUCGAUUCUUGGUUCGUGAUGGUGGAUGGGUAUGGAUACAAACUAAAGCACAUGUUGUUUAUGACAGUAAAACAUGUCAACCACAGUUUGUGUUCUGCAUUAACUAUGUCUUGGGGGGCAAACAAAACAGUAUGUCAUUCCUUUCAAGUGAACAAACCAAUCCAAUCCCUCUUGUCAAUGGUUUGAACAACAUUCUUCAUACAAAAGACCAAUUGAGCAAGCGAAGRAAAGAUGAUAUUGUACUCGAAGAGCGAACCAAAUUGAUCAAGCAAGAAGCCAAAGCAGAGAACAAGAGUAGUGAGCUUCCUAUUCCCAAACAGGAGACAAUCUAUASAAGCUGCGCUAAACAGGGUUCUCAGAAAGAAAAGAAAAUCUGUGAUUGUUCUGAGGUAGAAUGCGAACAUAUGAACUUCCAGGAGUGCUUUCCUUUGGCGUGGGAAGAUGUCAUCCAGCAGCAAGAUGCCUAUCAYAAGUAUACCUGGGAUCACUACGGUAUUUCACCCAUCGAGACUCCACCACUCUCGCCAGGACAAACAAGCAUUGAAUCAUGUAAAMCUCUCGACUUGGAGACAAGUGCGCCGUUUCUUCCAUCACCUAGCUCAGACAAGAGUUUAAAUCACGUGAAACAAGAAAAAGAUGAACAGCAGGACGACGAUGAAAAUGAUGACUUGGACAUGCAAGAUCGAGCUCCUUUCAUUCCUCCCCCCUCUACUGAUGCGGGGCUGAUGUGUGAUGAUGAAAUGUUGGCGGACAUAUCUAUCGGACCUUCAUCAUGCUGGCUGGAUGGAAAUAGCAUCAAGACCUCGUACCUCUCGCCUGGAAAGAUAAAAAGAACGUCACAAAGCCUUUCGGCACUCAGUUCUCCUGUCUCAUUGAGAAAGAUCCCAGAAUCCAUUCGACGAAAUGGCUAUAUCACCAAUGAUCUGAUGAGCACAGGGCAGGUUUGCCUCCCUUCUGUUACCCAAGUUGAUGCUGAAGUCAAUGCCCCUGUCCAGUCUUGUAACCUUCUCCAAGGAGCUGAACUACUUACUGCUCUUGACAUAGACAUGGUGGAUAUCAGCAAUGGCUACAUAGGUUAAGUGCUUUACUUUGCACAAAGUAAUUACUCUUAAAACUUGUAUUUCAAAUUGUAUCAAAUAACCGAAUGCCUAGCACGAUCUCCUUUUUAUGCAAAACAUUGUAAAUCUCAUUUAUACUCUUUUCCCACUGUCUCUCCCCCAACUCGUCUUAGGUGGUGUGAUUAUUUCCUUAGUUUUUAUUCUGUGUACUCUCAGCUAUUUAUUGCUAAUUUUAGUCUCUAGAUUUUUACUAUUUAACUUCCUAUUUAGAGUGGUUUGGGCAUUUGCAUAUGCUGAAAGUCAUCCGAAAAAAGGUGAUAUGUGAGUGCAAUCGGA